AUGCCUAACACUUUAUCCAAUUCAUACAUCCAAUCUUCAGUUUGGAAGCCAGACUUGUUCAAGGGCAAAGUAGCUUUUGUCACUGGAGGUGCUGGAACAAUUUGCCGAGUUCAAACAGAAGCUCUCGUUUUACUAGGUGCAGAUGCUGUGAUCUUGGGAAGAAAUGUACAAAAGACUGAAGACGCGGCAAAGGAGAUUGCCCUGUUGAGACCUGGUGCUAAGGUUCUUGGAUUGGGAAAUAUCGACGUGCGUAAAGUUGAAAGUCUUAAAGAGGCUGUGGAAAAGACUGUCAAAGAGUUGGGAAGAAUUGACUAUGUCAUUGCAGGUGCUGCUGGUAACUUUUUGUCCGACUUCAACCACAUGUCGUCGAACGCUUUCAAAACUGUUGUCGAUAUUGACCUUUUGGGAUCAUACAACACUGUCAAAGCUACGUUUGAGCAGUUGAGAAAGAACAAAGGUUCCGUGAUUUUUGUUAGCGCCACUUUACAUUACACUGGUCUUCCAUUCCAAUCACAUGUCAGUGCCGCUAAAGCCGGAGUAGAUGCUUUGAUGAAUGCCUUAGCUAUCGAGUUGGGUCCUAUUGGUAUACGUCUUAAUUGUAUUGCCCCUGGUUUGAUUGGAAACACAGAGGGUGGUGCAAGACUUAACCCACCAACAGAAGUUCCCUUGGAAAAUAAGAUCCCUCUUGCUAGAAUUGGCACUACUAAAGACAUUGCUGACUCUACAGUGUACUUGUUUUCCGAGGCCGCAUCCUACGUCACUGGUACAGUUUCAGUGGUCGAUGGUGGAUUAUGGCAAGUAGGUGGUAUGUUGGGAGAGUUGUAUCCAGCCGUGGUCAAGAUGCAAAAUGAAGACCCCCAAGGCAAGUUGUAG